AUGUCGUCGACGAAACAGCCUGAAGCAUCGACCUCGAAAGCAAAGGAAACUGCCCCUGACGUGGCGGACAUCGAUAGGUUGUUGAAUAGAGAAGCGACUGCUUUCCAGAGAGAGGUCGAGGUUGAGCGGAUUCUCAAAGCCUUCAAGCUCAACCCGUACGACAUCUUAGACAUAGACGAAAUGUCAACAGCUGAAGAGGUCAAGAAGAGGUACAAGCAGCUGUCGCUUUUCAUCCAUCCAGAUAAAUGCCCGCACCCACGCUCACCAGAGGCAUUUGAUAUUCUCAAGAAGGCCGAAUCAGAGCUCUCGGAUAAAGCAAAGCGAGAGGAACUAGAUGCUCUCAUCAAUCAAGCUCGAAACAACGUCCUUAGGGCCCUCAGCCUUCCUCUGUCAACCAAACCAGAUGAUCCAGCCUUGAAGAACUUGACUCCGUCGUUCAAAGUUCGCCUAAGGGCGCAAUCGAAGGAAUUGCUCAUCGAAGAAGAGGUUAGGAGGAGAAAGGCGAUAAAGAUGAACCUCGCCAACGAAGGUCUGGAGGCACGAAAGAAAGAGGAAGAGAUUGCAAGCAAGAAGCGCAAAGCCGAGGAGGAAAAGGCUUGGGAAGACAAUCGAGAGGAACGGGUUGGUUCUUGGCGGAACUUCGCAGCAACCCAAGGCAAGAAGAAGAAGAAGCAGAAAAUUGCUAUCCUCGGCUGAGCGCAAUCCUUUGCUGCUCACCCAUCGUACCCUCAUCCUUCCGUUCGAUUUCAGGCGCCUCGCCCUUUUUAUACCAACGUUCAACAUACAAUCACCCCCUGGCGCCCAUCCACCACACCAUUCGAAUCCUUUGUAUGUACAGUUAAUUUCCGUGUACUUUUAUCCUUAUCUCCUGUUGGGCGCGAAUGUGGGCUCAUUGUAACUAGGGCUGGCGCAU